AUGAAUACCUACGUGAUACUGGUUGCCGUGGUUGCUGUGCUCGCUAAGGGUACUUCAGCAGCAUGCAUCAGCGCCCCCCUCCUAGUGCCCUCUCCCAUCCUCUCCCCCUACGUGAGCGCCCCUCUACUCCCCGCCCCUCUUUUUUCCACCACCACCAUCGUGCAAUCUGAGAGCGUGGCGGACAAACUGUGUAACGUGCUACAGAUGCUACCGAUUGCCAAGCUGUUGAACGACAAGCUAGCGUGCCCCAAUCUGGUUGCUCCCAUCCUGCCCUGCGGUUGCCCGUUGGGGUGCGGAUGCGGUUACGGACCUAUCAUCUUUUAA